CAGCCGUCAUUACGUACUGUACCGACAGUGACACUGUACCACUCUGUAGCCGCGGGAACACUCCCGGCCAGCUUCGGAAGCGCGCACGCAGUGUGAGCAGGACGGCCCUACGCUACGGACCGGGAACGCUUGUUGCCUAGGGACACCCGGGCGUCAGGGCGGAGCUGUGCGUAAUUUUCUUGCCACUGUCGGUUGACUGAGUGACGCCAUGUGAACGGUGCGGAUUUGCUUGGUGGUGUGAGCUAUACCCGGCGGCGCUAUUUGGCCUGGUAACAUAACGGCAUGUUUUCCACUAAUUCAACAUUAAACGAUCUAACAUCUUCCCGGAUUUCUCCUGAUUCUACACUUGACACAUUAUUAAAUCCUUCCAUAGAAUUCUAUUCAGGACAACUGGAUAGUUAGAUGGCAGACUCCAGGAUGCCUGUGUCCCCAGACUCUCCUACAGCGGUAACUCUUAGUGAAAGGAAACAUUACAAUAAAGCACUCAAGGAGUUGUUGCGGAUGAUACAAAACACUAACUGGAUUGCUAAUUCACAACUGGAGAUAACAGAUGAUCGCAUUAUUGAUGGAGAAAUAUACCCAAUUCAGAAUUCCAACACACACUUGUACACAGAAAUAGAUGUUACGUUGCCAUCUCAUUUGGCUACACACACUUUCACUGAUCCAUCUCUGGAUACAAGUGGAUCAACUGCUGUAAAACAAAAUACCGGGAGGCCACAUAACAACUUUUUAAAAGGCUCUAAUGUUUUGCCUUUUGAAGUCCAUGAUAUAUAUGAUGAGCUGUCAGAAAUCUACCAAAAACUGCAGCAAGAAAGGAUGUCACAGCAAGAGUAUUCACUUCAGCUGAAAAAACGAGAAAAGCGAUUACAGGAAAGGGAGGAGAUGCUGUUAAAACAUGAAGCUACCCUGAGCAAGAUAAAAGGUGUAGAAGAAAUUGUGCAUGAAAAAUUUCGAAUAAUGAAAGAGCAACAUGAUGCGGAGGUAAAACGGGUAUCCGAAGCCCUCAAAGAAAAGAUUAAAGAAAAUAGGAGGAUGAAGUCUUCAUUCGAUACCCUAAAGGAGUUGAACGACACCCUAAAAAAGCAGCUGAACGAAGUAAGUGAGCAAAAUAAGAGAUUGGAAACUCAAGCUAAGAAAGUUCAGUCUCGUCUAGAAAACUUGCAAAGAAAGCAGGCGUUUGUUGCAGUACAGAAAUGCAAAGAUGUUUCCCAGGUUGUACGGUAUCCAAAGCCUCUGAGAGCUGAGAAAACAUCUGUAAAACCUAAGGUUCCUAAUAAUAUGCAAGUAUACAAGCUCUUAACUGUUCUUAUGGACUUGAUCUCUGCAUCGGAAGAAAACGGAAGCCAAGAGCAAUCAUUAUGCAUUGAUAAAUUGCCCACAAACUCUGUGCAGGAAAGGUAUGCCAAGGUCCUGCCUGUUAUCGUAGAGCAGUUUGAAUGGAUGCCACUGGUCAGCAGUAAACUGCAUUUAUCAUUCAUGAGAUUCACAUAUUGGGCAUUGAGGCAACUUGAACGCGGAACACAGUCUGCUAUGACCUCGACCUUGCGGCGCCUGGGUGAUGAAACAUAUAAAGGAGUAGUGUAUCAUCCUACAGAAGAAACCACCAUAUCAAAUAAGUCAAGAUCUGUGGCCUUCUUCAAAAGCAAUAAUUUACCACUGAGAUUCAUAUCCACUUUAGUCAUACUAAAAACUGUAACACAAGUGGACUACCUUGCUCAGGCGUUGGAUUCACUUUGCAUGGACUUGAAAAGUGAUGAAGGAAGAUGCCUUUUCAUAGAAUAUCAGGCUGUGCCAACGGUUGUGCAUCUUUUACAUGUCUCAAACCGAGGGCUUAUUUCCAGUGUCCUUGACAUCUUACUGCAGCUUUCAAUGGAGACCAGAUUCUUGCAGCCAUUCCUGGAGCACUGUAGCACGGAAUCAUUUUUCAGGACUUGUGCUGCGUUACUUAAAGAUCCUAAAGUGGAUGUACAAAUACUCGAAAAACUAAGCAUCGUUCUGCAAAAGCUCUCCAAAGUCAGGAGCAAUAGGAAGCUUUUUGACAUGUUUAACAUUCCUCAAGUGAUCCAAGAAAUGCAGAGGACAACAAACCCAGAUCACGCGUUUCUGGUUAUUAAUUUGAACUCCAUUCUUUUCCAUUUGGGUUUUGCAAAGACUAAAACACUUUCGCCCAGUGUUAGCAUUAAUCAUUGACCAGUGUUACAUAUAAUAUAAGCCUUUCUUUUCCUCUGAUGUUCAGUUUGUAGUAAGGAUGUGUAUAUCAGUAAUGUGAGUAACUGUGUUAACAAUGUACCGUGCUUAGUUAUUUUAUUUUAGUAGUUUGUCAUAUGUUAUUUAAAGCUCUUAUACUUUCGUGGUACCUGCUUGAACUCUAUUGUGUUUUGAAUUGUUGAAUCUAGUUUCUGUGUUUUUUUUCUAUUGAACCAAAAGAAACCUGACAUAUGGUUGACCAUAGUCAUUACCUAUCAGUCUGCAUGCUUUUGUAAAGUGGUUAAUUAAUUAUGAUUGUAGCUUUAUUUAUCAACAAAUAAACCUUUUUUCCUUUUA